UCAUUAGUGUCAAAAUUCUGUCAGAUCUGGAGCAGUUGAGAUUGUUAUUGUAAAUAAAAUAAAUAAAUUGCAAAAAUGUCUCUUGCUCUCCUGUUGGAGAAAUAUGACGUAUCGACGGAAGAAGGGUUGCAGAAGGCCCUUGGCGAGAUUGACAAGGAAGAGCAAGAAGUAAAUGAGGCGUUGUCAGGAGCCCUGUCACGGGCGGUGACACUGGAGGGUCGUCUCCGAUCUGCUAGUCACGCGUAUACUCGACUAGGGGAGGUGAAAAAUGACGCUCAGACUGCCGCUGACAUGGUGGACAAGACAGCGGCGCUGGCCAGAGACGUCAGUGCUAAAGUCCGGCAGCUUGAUCUAGCCAGAUCUCGUGUGGCAGAAUGUCAGCGCCGUGUCCACGACUUGAUUGACCUUCAACUGUGUAGUGCAGGGGUUGAAGCUGCUAUUAAAGCUCAUGACUAUGAGACCGGCGCGGGCCACGUGGCGCGGUUCCUCAGCAUGGACCCGCGCUCGGUGGCGGCGGCGCGGGCGCGGGGGGCGCCCGACCCCAGGGCCGCCAUGACGCGCGCCGCGCACACGCUGCGGGAACACCUCGUCGGCAAGUUCGAAGAGGCUGCCCGUAAGGAGGACGAAGCGAGCGUGGAGAGGUUGUUCAAACUGUUCCCGCAGAUUGGACGCGCAGACGAGGGAGUUGAUCUACUUGCCAAAUAUCUUGCUACUCAGGCUGAAUCAUCGAUCCGUCGCGCCUGUAUAGUCCAGAACGCAAGUUCAGACGAAGCUGUAUUCGCGGACGCCCUGACCAGGGUGUUGGAAGCUGGAGGAGCCUGCAUAGAGCGAGCCAGGGUGCUGGCCAGCCUGGCCGCGCCCGGGCACCUGCCGCGGGCGGUGCGGCUUAUACAGCCCGCUAUAUGCGCAGGAGGUCGUCGUGUGUACACGGAGCUGAUAGCGGCGCGGCGAUUAGACCUUUCGGAUCCUCGUCGUUCACUGCCUAACCCGUUAGCAGCAGAGCCCGUGUUGGCUGAACUAGCAUUGGCGCACUCAAGACUUAAGUUGUACUUUGGGUUUUUGAGGAGGAAGACUGAGCUGGACGCAGCUCCCUUGAAAGAAGAAGAGAAGAAGGCAGCAAUGGCCGCCAUAGAGAAGAUCAUAACAGACUGUGAUCUCACACGAACUGCGCAGGACAUUCUAGGACACUACUUGGCUUUGGAACGGUACUUCUUGGAAGAGAGCGUGAACAAGGCACUGAAGAUGGCUGCACCGCAGAAUGGUGCCACAACCUCCAGCUUAGUAGAUGAUGUCUUCUUCAUCGCUAGAAAGGUCAUCAGACGCAGCUUGUCAACAGGCAGCGUGGACGGCGCCUGCGCCGUGCUGAACGAGGCGGCGGCGCUGCUGGAGCGCGACACGGCGGGCGCGCUGCGGCGCUGGCUGCGGGCGCCGCCGCCCGACCCGCUGCCGCUGCCGCCGCCCGCGGCGCCCGCGCCCGCCAUGGACGCCGUGGGCUCGCUGGCGCAGCGCCUCAACAGGGACGUCGAUGCGCAGCGGCUGCUCUUUAUUGCGCACAUGAACGAGGCGGAGGCGGGCGCGGAGUGGUCGGAGCGGCUGGCGGCGGAGGCGUGCCGCGAGGCGGAGCCGCUGCUGCGGACCGCCAGCGAGCGGGACAAGCUGGUGUCGUGCGCCAGCGGGCUGGGCAGCGCGGCCGCCGCCUUCCGCGCCGCCAGCGACCUGGCGCUGCAAGGGAUCAAAGCGGCUCUGAAGCAUCGCGUCAUCGCCUGGGCAGAGUUCCUUGCUGAUCCUGGAUUUGAAGAAGACGAGCUAGAAGACGACGCGGACCAGCUGCCGCACGCGCUGGACAUUCUCAGCGAGAGUGCGCGUGCGCAGCUGUCGCCGGCCGCCGGGGAGGAGCUGCUGGGCGCCGUGAUCAGCGAGCUGUGUGUAAGGGCGCAGGCGCGCUUGCUGCACCAUCACUACAAUAGGGCGCGCGCGCUGUGUGUGGAGCGUCGCGCGCGGCGCGUGGCGGCGUGGGCGGGCGGCGGCGCGCCGGGCGCGCGCGAGCGCUGCGCGCGCCUCACGCAGGCGGCCGCGCUGCUGGCGCUGGAGCGGCCCGCGCACGCCAGGGACGCGCUGGCGCCCGCCGCGCGCCUCGCGCCGCCCGACGUGCGGGACAUCCUCAAGCGGAGAACCGAUUUCAAGAUGGAAGAUAUAAAGCGCCUGAAAUUGUGAUCCGAAGAUAUUCCUACAUUGUAAGAUAAAUAUAUUCCAUGUAAUACUAUAGUCCAUAAUGUACACCUUAUUUAACAAAGUUAUCAAAUAAUAAUUAUUGAAAUAUAUCGUU